AAAGCGUUGAUACAGCAGCGCACCUGAAAAUAAUCUGUCCCCGGAGUGUUGAAAGUAGUCGAAUAAAGAAUAUGGAUCGUCUAAAUCAAUCUAAACAUCAAAUCCCUCUCGCUGUAAACGUCGGCUGACUAAUUAUUGAUCGUAUUCGCUGCAAUGAUGGAGCUAUUGUUGAACAAAAUAAUACAUUCACGAAGCAAAAUGUCCGCCCUUCUGUCGGCGGCGUCCCCGGCCAUCGUGUUUUGUUUACAAUAACAUAUUGUGCGUUACGUAGUGCCGUUUGACGGUCGCUUGUCGUUGCGGGAUAAUUUCAAGUGUUGGUUUCUAGUUUCCCCUAAUUCCUAGCAACAAUGUCCGAGCCCCACCUGUGCCGACUCUGUGCCGAGACCAAGGAAAACUUCAUAGGGAUCUACGACGCUGAAGGUCAGAAAUUGGAAAUCGAAUCGAAGAUUAAAAAGUGUCUUCAAAUAAAGGUACGCUUUUUCAUUGGAAUGCAUAUUUCUUUAUCCCAUUUGUUCUUGACUUCCUCAAUAACAGUUUCUAUUCCAGUUUCUAUUUCAAUACAUGCUCACCUUGGUUGGAUGUUUGCACAGGAUGUCCUGUGUGUCCUGAUGACGGAUGAUUUACCGUUAUCUGUGUGCAUAGACUGCUGCAUUCGGUUAGAUCAGUCUAACGAUUUCUUUGAGAAAACCAACCUGGCUCAAAACUCACUCAGGCAGCUACUAGCUGAAGAAAAGCCAGAACCGCAGAUAUUACACGUGGAUUUGGAUUAUGAUAAGAAAGCUAUAGGUUUUCCAAAAGAAGAAGAAAUCCCAGGAGAUGGGAUAAUUGAGUGUCAUUUGUCUGAGAGUUAUAUAAACGACUCCAUGGACAAUGUUGGCUAUUUUAAUAGUGAACAAAAUAACCUUGGUGAAAAUGAAAAUGAAAAUGAAAAUGACACCAAGAUUGAGAAUAGGAAUGAACAAUAUGAACCCGAGGAGAUUGAAGAUUUGGUUGAACAGCGAAGAUGUAAACCACAGGUUCAAAAUAACUCGCGAGAACAGACUGGAAAAAGACUGAAGCGCAGAACGCCUAUGCGAAAAGCGCGUGAUUUUGAACUGGGACAUGUCUCUGAUUUAGAUUACGAGUGUAAUGAUAUUGAUACAAAAGUCAAUAUUAAGAUACCCGAUAAUUACAUGACCGGCACCGACUCUGACAUGGAAAUGAUAGAAGCUGAGGCAGCGGAGCCCUCAAAGCCUGGCCGGAAAAGAGGUGAGGGAUUGGAUAGAUACCCUUGGCUGUGCACGGAUUGCAACGAUAAGCUUCCAAGUCUUGAGGCACUAGAGAAACACCACGAAACUGUUCAUAAUCAGAAGGCAAGGUUCAUGUGUGUGCAGUGCUGCAAAGUCUAUGAAAAAUAUUACGGGUUUCUCACUCACGUCAAAAGGCACAAAAACAAGUCAAAGUUCAGUUGCGAAGAUUGUGGUAAGUCUUUUGUUCACAAAAAGGUUUUAGAAUCGCACAAAGCCAUUCAUAGCGAGGAACGUCCUCAUGUCUGUCAAACCUGUGGAAAAACCUUCAGACAGCAGAGUGCUCUCUACAUACACAGUCGAUGUCAUUUGCCUGAUACAAUGAAAAACAGAUAUCAGUGCGAUCAGUGCGAUAAAAGAUUUUCAACAAAACCAAACUUGGUCACGCACAAACGCAUUCAUUCUGGAGUUAGAAAUUUUACUUGCGAUCAGUGUGGAAAAAGUUUUAUACAAAAGGGAAACUUGGAAGCACAUUUUCUGACUCACUCCGCUGACAAGCCAUAUAAUUGUUCACUCUGCCCGAAAGCGUUCAAGACACCACUACAACUGAAAAAGCACGAAACUGUUCAUACAGGUGCAAAGCCUCACCAAUGCGCGGUCUGCGGGCGCACAUUCAGAGAAAAAGGAACACUGAGAGAACAUCACAGAAUUCAUACCGGGGCAAUGCCGUUUACUUGCGAAUUUUGUGGAAAAUGUUUUAGAUUCAAAGGAAUAUUGACGACACACAGGCGCCAGCACACAGGGGAACGUCCUUACAGUUGCAUUGAGUGCCAACACCAUUUUACGAAUUGGCCAAAUUACAACAAACACAUGAAACGAAGACACGGGAUAAACACGUCGCACACCAAACACUUGCAACAACCCCAGCAAAUACAGCAACGGCAACAAAAUGAUUUACACGAUGAUGAAAUAAACACCGCUCAACACGGAGUACCGAGUUCUGUACAGGUGAUACAAACCACCCCUAAUGUCUCGGAAGCGGAACCGAUUGCGCAAACUCUUCCUUCAACAGUGAUACAGAAUUUCCAGACUCAGGUCCCAGUCACGGUACAGGAGACUGCAUUCAGGGAUAGAAAUACAAUGCUGUACAAUGCGGUUCCUACAGCCCUGCAAAAUUUUCUGCCACCAAACUUACCGUACAAUUUUUACAACAUAACUAAUGCUGGCAAUAGUGACAUCAUUCAACACAGGUAGGUCUACUAUAAAAUGGUUUACCGAAGACUCGUUGAGUAAUCGAAAGAGACGAAAUUUUCCCAUUUCUAAACUUCUGUAACUCAACGUUACAUGAUGACUCCUCUUCCCGAGGCUCUUGACGUAUCGGUUUACCAGCAACGAUAUAUUCAUCGGUAUCUGUUCUGCAUAAUAGGUAAUGUGUAAAUUGUAAGUAUAUAUAAUGAUAUCUCACCUUGGUUGUUUUAAAUCGAGCGAUUUUUAUUUUGAGAUUUACCACAAGCCUUUUUACCUUGGAGCCGAAUUAUUGUCUAGUUUUUCUUAGAAUUUUCACCGAGCUGAAAAUUUUAUAGCUUUUUGAAUCGUUGUAAUAGGUUAGAGAUAAAAAAUGACUAGUACACUUUCACGUAGUCACGAUCAUUUUCUACUCACGUAUUGUCGAGGAGAUGUCUUUACCUCAUACCACCUAACUUCAAAAGUGCACCACCGUUUCGUAAUUUUUCCAUCUACUUCUAUCGUAUGCAUUAUGUAAACUUUGUUUCUGAACAAAAAUUGUCGCAGAGAUUCGAACGAAAAUAUAAAUAUGUAAUAAUUCAUAUCGUCAGUUCCGUUGAAAAGUGAUCAAUAAAGGCAUUGACAUAGAUGA